AUGGCGAAUAUUGCAGCGACCGAGUCGCAAUGGCUGUCGCAGCUGGCUGCUAUGCGCCAGGCCAUCGCCGAUCUGAAGCUUCCAAAGGACCUUCCCCACGAUUCGAUCAGCUAUGGCAGCGACAUAGAACUGGAUAUCGACGACGAUUACUCUUCCCCCGGGACUGUUGAUGACGUGUGGGAUAUAAUCAGCUCCGACGACGAGACAAGUGACGAUCAGGACGACUUGAACAACGAUUUCCUCCCUCAAACCACGGCCUACAAUCGGAUUUGGUUGGAAAACAAAUGCCUGGACGUGGCGGCUCGAAACCCCAACAUGGAUGCGGCAGAGCUUUCCCAGCAAAUUAUUGCCACACUGGCUACAGAUAGCGACGACGCUGAGCUACAAAUGUCACUUGCUGAAAUCGUCGGGUUCGAUGACCUAGACCUUGUCAUUGAGCUCAUCGGUCACCGAGAGGAAAUCCUGUCGGACAAGCCCCAGCGGGUGGAGGCGCAAACAGAUGGACUAGCAGCAGGAAGACUCCAAACUCGAGCGGAGAGGGAACAGGCUCUGUGGGAGCGUGAUUUCCAACACAAGAACGCACCUCUGAUGGCGGCACAGACUCGAUCGGAGCCACAAUACCCCCACGUGUUCAAGUUGAAUACAUCUGGGAAUACCCUCUCCGCAAACGGGCGAAAAUACGGUCUACCAGUCGGAAGUAGGGAAAUCGAGGAGCCUAAAUACACAGAGUUUGAAAUCCCUGCGUCAAGAGCUGGGGCAGUAGCACAACACCAGAAGCUGGUCGACAUCGCUGGGCUGGAUGGCCUCUGCCGGGGAACCUUCAAGGGCUAUAAGUCUCUGAAUCGCAUGCAGAGCCUGCUGUAUGAGGUUGCCUACAAGACAAGCGAGAACAUGCUUAUUUGUGCUCCUACUGGUGCUGGUAAAACGGACGCCGCGAUGCUUACCAUUCUGAACGCGGUCGGGAAGAAUAGUAUGCCCAACCCAUUGAGGGAACCCGAUGCAACCGAGUUCACUGUUCAGGUGGACGAGUUCAAGAUCGUUUAUGUUGCACCCAUGAAGGCCCUUGCUGCCGAAGUCACCGAGAAACUGGGCAAACGUCUUGCUUGGCUAGGAAUUCGAGUCCGCGAACUCACUGGUGAUAUGCAGUUGUCCAAGAGGGAAAUCGUCGAGACCCAGAUUAUCGUCACUACCCCUGAGAAAUGGGAUGUUGUGACACGCAAGAGCACUGGAGAUACAGAGCUUGUGCAGAAAGUGCGCCUGCUCAUCAUUGAUGAGGUACACAUGCUUCAUGAUGAGCGUGGUGCUGUCAUUGAAUCACUGGUCGCCCGAACCCAACGCCAGGUGGAAAGCACACAGUCGUUAAUUCGCAUUGUUGGACUCUCAGCCACUCUUCCGAACUAUGUUGACGUGGCCGAUUUCUUAAAAGUGAACAAGAUGGCCGGCUUAUUCUUCUUCGACUCAUCCUUCCGACCGGUACCUCUGGAACAACACUUCAUCGGUGUUAAAGGCAAGCCUGGAUCUAAACAAUCCCGAGAGAACAUUGACACUGUUGCUUUUGAGAAGGUUCGUGAAAUGGUGGGAAGAGGUCACCAGGUCAUGGUCUUCGUGCACUCUCGCAAGGAUACGGUCAUGACAGCUCGAAUGCUGAAACAAAUGGCAGCGGAGGAUGGCUGUGAGGAUUUGUUCAGCUGCCACGAACAUGAGAACUACUCCAACGCUUUGCGGGACAUGAAACAUGCCCGAGCCCGUGAGCUUCGUGAUCUCUUUGCUAGCGGCUUCGGAACACAUCACGCUGGUAUGAGCCGAAGCGACCGCAACCUUAUGGAACGGAUGUUUUCGGAGGGCCUGAUCAAAGUUCUCUGCUGCACAGCCACUCUUGCUUGGGGUGUGAACUUGCCGGCUGCUGCGGUAGUCAUCAAAGGAACUCAGCUGUACAACCCCCAAGAGGGUAAAUUUGUCGAUCUCAGUAUUCUUGACGUUUUGCAGAUCUUUGGUCGUGCUGGUCGUCCCCAGUUUCAGGAUACUGGCAUUGGCUUUAUUUGCACCACUCACGACAAGCUGCAACAUUACCUCUCUGCGGUGACUGCACAACAACCAAUCGAGUCACGAUUCUCUAGCCGACUUGUUGACAAUUUGAAUGCCGAGAUCUCACUAGGCACUGUGACCUCUGUCUCAGAGGCCGUGCAGUGGCUAGGAUACUCAUACCUGUUCGUUCGCAUGAAGCGUGAACCUCGCAAUUAUGGCAUUGAGUAUGCAGAACUUCGUGACGACCCCAUGUUGGUGCAACGACGCCGCCAAUUGAUCAUCCAAGCCGCACGAACUCUUCAGAAGAGUCAGAUGAUCAUUUUCAACGAGAAAACUGAGGACCUCAAGGCUAAGGAUGUGGGUCGAAUUGCUAGUCAAUACUACGUCCUGCAGACUAGUAUUGAGAUAUUCAACGAUCAGAUGCGUCCCCGCUCAGGCGAAGCAGAUGUCCUCAAGAUGAUCAGUUUGAGCGGUGAAUUCGAUAAUAUACAAUCCCGUGACAGUGAAUCAAAGGAGUUACAACGGCUACGUGAUGAAGUCAUCCAGACUGAGGUCGACGGAGGCAAUGACUCACCACACGCAAAGACCAACAUCUUGCUGCAGUCCUACAUCUCGCGUGCCAGGAUUGAAGACUUUGCUUUGGUUUCUGACACUGGAUAUGUUGCUCAGAACGCGGCUCGUAUCUGUCGGGCUCUGUUCAUGAUUGCUCUGAACCGCCGCUGGGGCUAUCAAUGCCAGGUGCUGUUAUCUUUGUGCAAAUCCAUCGAGAAACAGAUUUGGCCCUUCGAUCAUCCCUUUCACCAAUUCGAUCUGCCGCAGCCUGUUCUGAGGAAUCUGGAUGAAAGGCUACCCACCUCAUCGAUCGAGUCGAUGCGAGAUAUGGAACCGGUUGAGAUUGGCCAGCUUGUUCAUAACCAGAAGAUGGGCAAGGUGCUGUCUAAGCUCCUAGACAACUUCCCCACCCUUAGUGUCGAGACGGAGAUUGCACCGCUGAAUCGGGAUGUCCUUCGCAUCCGGCUGUCCAUCUACCCUGAGUUCAGUUGGAAUGACCGCCACCAUGGAGCUUCCGAGUCAUUCUGGGUCUGGGUUGAGAACUCCGAAACCUCGGAGAUCUAUCACCAUGAAUAUUUCAUCCUCAGCCGCAAGAAGCUUUACGAUGAUCAUGAGCUCAACUUUACCAUUCCGCUGACCGAUCCUUUGCCGAGUCAGAUCUACAUUCGCAUCAUCUCCGAUCGAUGGCUCGGCGCAGAGACUGUCAGCCCGGUGUCAUUCCAGCAUUUGAUUCGGCCCGACACGGAAAGUGUAUAUACGGAUCUGUUGAAUUUGCAGCCGCUUCCCAUCACUGCUCUCCAGAACCCCAACUUGGAGGAAGUAUACGGCCAGCGGUUCCAAUUUUUCAACCCAAUGCAAACUCAAAUCUUCCAUCUCCUAUAUCACACUCCCGCCAACGUUCUCCUUGGAUCACCCACAGGUAGUGGAAAGACUGUGGCAGCCGAGCUGGCAAUGUGGUGGGCAUUCCGCGAGAAGCCCGGAUCGAAGGUUGUCUAUAUUGCGCCAAUGAAGGCGCUGGUCCGCGAGCGUGUCCAGGACUGGCGCAAGCGUCUGACUGGUCCGAUGGGACUGAAGCUUGUGGAGUUGACUGGUGAUAAUACCCCUGAUACUCGAACAAUUCGAGACGCUGAUAUCAUUGUCACUACUCCGGAAAAGUGGGAUGGUAUCUCGCGUAGCUGGCAGACCCGAGAUUACGUGCGGAAGGUCAGUCUUGUGAUCAUCGACGAGAUUCACCUCCUGGGUGGCGAUCGAGGUCCCAUUUUGGAGAUCAUUGUGUCACGGAUGAACUAUAUCGCUUCUCAGUCUAAGGGAUCUGUUCGACUGAUGGGUAUGUCGACUGCCUGUGCCAAUGCUACAGACCUUGCCAACUGGCUUGGUGUUAAGGAGGGACUGUACAACUUCCGGCACUCAGUUCGUCCUGUUCCACUUGAGAUUUUCAUCGACGGAUUCCCUGAGCAGCGUGGUUUCUGCCCUCUGAUGCAAUCCAUGAACCGUCCGACAUUCCUGGCCAUCAAAAACCACUCCCCCGAGAAGCCUGUGAUCGUCUUUGUUGCAUCCCGUCGACAGACUCGUCUCACCGCCAAAGACUUGAUCAACUACUGCGGUAUGGAGGACAAUCCUCGUCGCUUUGUCCGUAUGUCUGAAGACGACUUGGAAUUGAACCUUUCUCGUGUAAAGGAUGACGCGCUGCGAGAGGCACUCAACUUUGGCAUUGGGUUGCAUCAUGCUGGCCUGGUAGAGUCCGAUCGACAGCUGUCAGAGGAGCUAUUCGCCAACAACAAGAUCCAGAUUCUAGUUGCCACCAGUACUCUGGCCUGGGGUGUCAACCUUCCGGCCCACCUUGUUGUAGUCAAGGGCACCCAGUUCUUCGAUGCCAAGAUUGAGGGAUACCGAGACAUGGACUUGACCGAUGUUCUUCAGAUGCUUGGUCGUGCGGGCCGUCCACAGUUCGAUAAUUCUGGUAUCGCUCGUAUAUUCACGCAGGACUCCAAAAAGGCGUUUUACAAGCACUUCCUGCACACCGGAUUCCCUGUCGAGUCUACACUACACAAGGUUCUGGACAAUCACUUGGGUGCCGAAGUCUCUGCAGGAACGAUUGGCACGAAGCAAGAUGCACUUGACUACUUAACCUGGACAUUCUUCUUCCGCCGACUUCACAAGAACCCAUCUUACUAUGGCCUUGAGAUCUCUGCCGAGGAUCAAAAUACCAUGGCUGCUCAGGCUACCGCACAGGAGUUCAUGAUUGACCUGGUCGACAAGUCACUCAAUGACCUGGCAGAGUCAUCUUGCGUGCUUGUUGAUUCCGCCACGGGAGAAGUCGAUUCUACGCCCUUCGGCAAAAUAAUGAGCUACUACUACCUGUCGCACAAGACCAUCCGGUACCUAAUGUCCCACGCCAAGCGUGAGCCGACCUUCCAGGAUGUCCUGAGCUGGAUGUGCUCUGCCACUGAAUUCGACGAGCUGCCCGUUCGUCAUAACGAAGAUCUCAUCAAUGCUGAGUUGGCUCAGAACCUUCCGCUUUCGACUGAGUCUAUGGGCGAUGUUCCAAUGUGGGAUCCCCACGUCAAGGCCUUCCUGCUGCUCCAGGCGUAUAUGUCACGAAUCGACCUGCCCAUCUCGGAUUAUGUCGGUGACCAGACAUCCGUCCUGGAUCAGGGUAUCCGUAUCAUCCAGGCCUCUAUCGACGUCAUGGCUGAGCUCGGGUAUAUUCCAGCGUGCUACAUGUUUGUGACUUUGCUGCAGUGCAUCAAGUCAGCCCGCUGGCCGGAGGACCACCCUCUUUCCAUUCUGCCGGGUGUGACAACCGAAAAGCCCCCGCGCAGUCUUCCAUCCUCCCUCGUCACAUUGUCCUCCCAGCCGAAGUCUGCGGCUUUGGACUUGGCCAAUAGACUCAAUUUACAUCCAGGCUUUGCAAAGGCUGCCUCGCAUCUGCCGAACCUUUCCAUCGCCGUUGCUGGGAUCUCUGCGAAGGGCAUUGUUGUCUCGAUCACUCGCCGCAACAUAGCUACGAACCCGGAGUACCGCAUCUACGCCCCCAAGUUCCCUAAGCCCCAAACUGAGGGGUACUUCCUUAUUGUUUGCAGUGCCCGCCCGGACGGGUCAGACGGCGAGCUGCUUGGCCUGAAACGUGUCUCGUGGCCAUCAAUCUCCAAACAGAACGGCAACAACAAGAGUCGGGGAGGUUCCAGUGUUAGUCGAGGCGGAGGUGCCCGUGGCAAAGAUAGGAUGAGUAAUGGCCCUCUCAGUGUCCGUUCGUCAGUCAAAUUCCCGAGCGCCGCUCUUGCGGAGUCGUUCUCCUUGACAACUGCCGGUACAGCGCGGGUCAACGUCAAGGUCAUCAGUGACGCAUAUCCUGGUAUGCAGUGGUCAUUGUCUAAUGUUGAGGUGGAAGUGGGAUCAGGCAUACAGACCCAGUCGGUAGAGCCUUCGUCGAGCGUAGCCCUCAAGACCUGA